UAGAUCGCUAACGUUAGCAGCUGCAAUUAGCAUUAUCUGUCCACAAACACGCCCUGUGUAGUUAUGUGUAGUUUAAGCGUAUGAAGGAGCUGUUAAUUGAUCGUUCGUAGGCCGAAGAACACGGCUAACUCAACAACCAGUGCAAAGCCAUAUAAUCCAGUCAACAUGGGGGCUUAUCUGUCGCAGCCAAACACAACCAAGACCUCUUCCAAUGGUGGCAACAGCAACUUAAGCUACGGCUUCUCUGCCAUGCAGGGCUGGCGCGUCUCUAUGGAGGAUGCUCACAAUUGUAUUCCAGAUUUUGAUGAGGAUACUGCUAUGUUUGCGGUGUAUGAUGGACAUGGAGGUGAAGAGGUGGCUCUGUACUGUUCAAAGUACCUUCCUGACAUCAUCAAGGAGCAGAGGACCUACAAAGAUGGCAAACUGCAAAAGGCACUGGAAGAUGCUUUCUUGGCAAUCGAUGGCAAAAUAAUCACGGAAGAGGUCAUCAAGGAGCUGGUACAGAUCGCUGGACGGCCCACCAAGGAGCUGCCCACAGAAAAGGUGGCAGAUGAGGAUGACUUGGACACAGAGGAGGCAGCUCUUCUCCACGAGGAGGCCACAAUGAGCAUAGAGGAGCUGCUGGUGCGCUAUGGCAACGCUGUCAAAAAUGCUUCUGCCAACAGUUCAGCUGCUAAAAAGGCAUGCUGCCCUCACCCUGAGGCCUCGGGGGACAAAGGGGAAAGCGGGGAAGAAAAGAAGAAAGCGGGCCUGAACGGAGAAUUGGAGGAAGAGAGCAAUGGGAAGGUGAAAGCAGGUGAAGGAGCGGCAUGCGGUUCUAAGCUGCGGGCCUGUCGGCAAACAGGAAGAAGCGAAGACAGCAGUGCAGCAGCUGACUGUGGAGAGUCGGGGGGCUCCAACGGUGAAGGAAAGGCUGGUAAGGCCGAAGGAGAUGCAGGUCCGUCCUGCUCCUCUCUGCCCUCUAAGGCCGCAGGAGAUUCAAAGUCCAGGUUCUUUGAUGACAGUGAGGAGUCUGAGGAGGGAGAGGAAGAAGAGGGCAGUGAUGAAGAGGAUGGCAGUGAAGAUGAAGAAGGCGAAAGCAGUGAGAUGGAAGAAGAGGAGGAUACGGAGGAGGAAGAGGAAGACUCUGAGGAAGAAGAGGAGGAAGAAAUGUGUCUUCCUGGAAUGGAUGGCAAGGAGGAGCCGGGCUCAGACAGUGGCACCACAGCUGUCGUGGCUCUGAUCCGAGGGAAGCAGCUGAUCGUGGCUAAUGCUGGUGACUCUCGCUGUGUGGUGUCUGAACACGGCAAAGCUGUCGACAUGUCGUACGACCACAAACCAGAAGAUGAGGUGGAACUAGCUCGCAUCAAAAACGCUGGAGGGAAAGUGACCAUGGAUGGACGUGUCAACGGUGGACUGAACUUGUCCAGAGCUAUUGGUGACCACUUCUACAAGAGGAACAAGGCUCUGUGCCCAGAGGAGCAGAUGAUUUCUUCCAUGCCCGACGUCAAAGUCCUGACACUUAAUGAGGAACAUGACUUCAUGGUCCUCGCCUGCGACGGCAUCUGGAAUGUGUUAAGCAGUCAGGAGGUUGUGGACUUCAUCAGUGAGAGGCUCAAACCAGACCAGAGGGGCAAUGCCAAACCGCUGUCAUCUAUAGUGGAAGAGUUGGUUGACCAUUGUUUGGCUCCCGACACGUCUGGAGACGGGACAGGAUGCGACAACAUGACUUGCAUCCUCAUCACCCUGCAGCCUCACUCGUCCUCCGCUCAGCCGGACAGCACGAAGAGGAAGCACCAGGAGGAGGCAGACGGGACUGAGCUGGAGGCGAACGGAAACGAAAGCAAAAGGGCCAAAAGUGACUAGAGGAAAAGGGGGAACCUGUCCCGGGGAGCAUCUGGUCCUAGACUACACCAGAUACACCAGAGACACGUUGUGUUUAAAAUUUAAAUCCUUACCUCACAAACAAAAACAGUC